AUGCCGCCGAAGGCGCACCAGCUUGCUGGUAAAUCAGAAAAACUCGAUUUCCACACAAUUCAUUUCGAAACAAUUGCGAUGCGCAUUCCAAUUUUUCAAUGGCUGCGUUUUUAUGAAUGGAACUUCAAACACCGUCGUGCAUCAACGAUUGUUAACCGUAUUCUGAUCACUCUCAUCGUAGUGGCAUCACUGGCGUUUUUGUUUCUCCGAGCGAGUCCGAAGUUCUCCGAAGCCGAUCGAGCGUGCAUUCAGGAAGAGUGGCAGGAGAACAAAUCCCUCAAUGUGUCCUCGGAAAUCAACAACGAAACAUAUCAAAUCGUGUUCGCUGACGUUCAAAAAGAAUUCAAAUGGAUUUUUUUGCCAAAAGAAAUUUCUGGAAAUCCGGACAUUUUGAUGAUUGUCUCAUCGAAUCGGGACAAUUUUGCGCGGCGUAAUGUGAUAAGAAAAAGUUGGAUGAAUUCGGACAAAAACAAAAUAGUGGCUGAAAAACGAAUGAAGAUCUUGUUUUUGGUUGGGGUCAAUUCGGAAAAUGAAAAGGAGAAUACGGUAGUUUUGAAGGAGGCACAGCUUUUUGGAGAUAUGAUUGUGGUUGAUUUGGAGGACACUUAUCGGAAUUUACCUUAUAAGAGUCUAACAAUCCUGCUCUACGGACAAUCGAAGGCUGCAGAAUCCGUGAAAUUAAUUGGAAAAAUCGAUGAAGACGUGAUUUUCUAUCCGGACCAACUGACUCCUCUAAUCAAUGAUGGAACGAUCAAUAUGUCGAUUUCUACGAUUUACGGGAACAAAAGGAAUGCCGGAGUUGAGGUGGUCAAUAAGAAGACGAGUAAAUGGUUCAUCCCAACGUCCUCUUUCAAAUGUCCACUCUUCCCAUCCUACCUCUAUGGACCAUUUUAUUUGACCACUCGAAAAGCCGCAGAACGAAUUCUAAAAUCCACGAAACACCGGAAAUUUAUUUCGGUAUGCAAGUUUGCUCUAUUGAUAAUUGUUUUUUUUUUGAAAAUUUUGAAUUUUUCAAAACAGGCGGAGGACGCCCUCAUCAGUGGACUUCUAGCAGGAGACGUUGGUGUCGAGAAGAAGCAUUUGUUAUUUAUUCAUAUGUGUGAUGAGCUGACAACCGACACUGAAAUUUUGGCAUGGCACAAUUCCAGGAACAACGCGGAGUUUCUAGAAUCCUGGGAGAAUUUGCGGCUCUCUCGAUGCAAAGCUUGCCGCAAAUCCAGGAAUUUCCGAGGAUCCAGAAGCCAGUUGGACGAGGAGCGGAAUCAAUAA